GAGAGACAGAGAAAUCAUCAGUGUAGCCCGCUGCUAGCUUCCUGUCUGUAGCAGAUGUGUUAUGAGCGUAGAAAACAGGAAUCAGUAGAUUAUUUUACUUUCGACAGGUGCAACGAUGACCCUCUGACACCAAGGAUGGACAUAAGUUAACAAUGACGGGGGAGAAAAAGAAGAAAAAGCGGCUGAACCGCAGCAUUCUUCUGGCAAAGAAAAUUAUAAUAAAAGAUGGAGGAAGUCCUCAGGGAAUCGGCGAGCCCAGUGUUUACCAUGCUGUGGUGGUCAUCUUCCUGGAGUUCUUUGCAUGGGGUCUCCUUACCACCCCGAUGCUCGCGGUAUUACACCAGACAUUCCCCCAACACACAUUCCUGAUGAAUGGGCUCAUCCAUGGCGUCAAGGGCCUAUUAUCAUUUCUGAGUGCUCCGCUGAUCGGAGCUCUCUCAGACGUAUGGGGACGCAAGUCCUUCUUGCUGCUAACGGUCUUCUUCACGUGUGCACCCAUUCCUCUGAUGAAGAUCAGCCCAUGGUGGUACUUUGCGGUCAUCUCCAUGUCGGGCGUCUUUGCCGUUACCUUCUCUGUGAUCUUUGCCUAUGUGGCAGAUAUCACGCAGGAGCAUGAGAGGAGCACAGCAUACGGUUUGGUAUCAGCUACCUUUGCAGCCAGCCUGGUCACCAGUCCGGCCAUUGGAGCGUACCUGUCUGUGACUUACGGUGACACCUUGGUGGUGAUCCUGGCCACAGCCAUCGCCCUGCUCGACAUCUGCUUCAUUCUGGUGGCCGUACCGGAGUCCCUGCCAGAGAAGAUGAGGCCAGCGUCAUGGGGAGCGCCCAUCUCAUGGGAGCAGGCAGACCCCUUCGCUUCUCUGCGUAAGGUGGGUCAGGACUCCACAGUGCUCCUCAUCUGUAUUACAGUGUUUCUCUCCUACCUCCCAGAGGCCGGACAGUACUCCAGUUUCUUCCUCUAUCUCAGACAGGUCAUACGUUUUUCAUCAGAGACAGUGGCUGCCUUUAUCGCUGUGGUGGGGAUCCUCUCAAUAUUAGCUCAGACGGUGGUUCUGGGGAUCCUGAUGCGCUCAAUAGGGAAUAAGAACACAAUCCUGCUCGGCCUCGGCUUCCAGAUCCUCCAGCUGGCGUGGUACGGCUUCGGCUCCCAGCCCUGGAUGAUGUGGGCUGCUGGAGCUGUUGCAGCCAUGUCUAGCAUCACUUUCCCUGCUAUCAGUGCCAUUGUGUCCCGUAACGCAGACCCUGACCAACAAGGUGUUGUCCAGGGGAUGAUCACUGGGAUCCGGGGCCUGUGUAACGGGUUGGGCCCUGCUCUUUACGGUUUUGUGUUUUACCUGUUCCACGUGGAGCUGACGGACACUGACGGCUCUGACAAAGGUGCCAAACCCAACAUGGCCAACCCCACUGAUGAGAGUUCCAUCAUCCCAGGUCCUCCCUUCCUGUUUGGAGCAUGCUCAGUGUUGCUCUCUCUGCUGGUGGCACUGUUUAUCCCGGAGCACACGGGGCCUGGCAUGCGGCCCGGGGCCUAUAAGAAGCACAGCAACGGGGCGCAGAGUCACUCCCACAGCCCUCAAGGAAGCGGGGCGGAGGGCAAGGAGCCGCUUCUGGAAGACAGCAGUGUAUAACCUCAGUUAAGGGGGGCAGACACCUUUGCUCCAACCUCCUGCACACAUAGACAGAUACACACAUUUUGGACACACUAUUGCCUCAGGCAAACAUCAGACUUCAAUGCCAUGAAGAGGUGUUUGUGUCCACAGCACAAAACGUGGCCACUCCCACUUAAACAGCCCUUUCAAAAAAAAAAAAGGAAAAAAAAGCAGGGUAUUGUGGGGACUCUGAAGACCCUGUGUGAAGAGGGCGUUUUGAGUGUUUUGGGGCUGCAGUGGAAAGGUGUGUGUGGCUUGGCUGAGCAGGACUCCAAUCUUUGGUUUCCAUAAAGCGGUAACAGAGUGGAGUGUGCCACAGCUUUACCCCCACCUGGUGUUAAAAAAGAACAACAGUGAUUUUGAUUUGGAGUGUGAGUGGGGUGUAUCUCAGAUGUUACUAAAUCCCAGUGUGAUUCUUCAUAUUCCUCUGUAGCCAGUAAAGUGGCAACUUAGCCUGUUUGUCCAAUGGGAGUGUAACAAACCGUUAGUUGCACACCUCUUUAAUGGUCUCUCACAAGCUAAUAAUCGUCAGGAUGCAUAUUGCUGCUGCUGCGACAGCUCGGAGAAGGGAACACAGUUCUUCCCCCAUGUGCUCGGCGACGAAGCAAAGCAAACUUGUAGACCUGUGAGGGAGACCGAUAUUAAAGAGGCGCUGCCUAAUCAAAAGUUAGGACGGGUCAACCAGAUAUAGGAAGCUUUUUGUGUGAUCACAUUUUGUUCACACUUCUCGCAGAGAGAAGUGUGCAGAGAGACCACUUUAUUAGCAGAACGCGUUUUUUCAAUGUUUACUUGCCAUUCUCUAGAUAAGUAGUACAGUUUGGGUUGUAUAUUUUUCUCUGUUCAAACUGAAGGCUAGUUGUGCUUCAAGUUCUUAUUCAAGAAACAAACGUUGCCUCGAAGUGACUUAAUAUAUAUAUAUAUAAAAAUGUAUAUAUAUUAAUUACGUAACCUGUAUGAAGACCAUGGUCUGAGAAGGCUCUGUAAUCUUACGCUAUUGCUCCCAUCGGAGCUCUUACACACAUUGAAUUCCCUUUGUUUUCAUGCCCUUCCUGUCGCUUUGUUUUCUUGACAUUUUAUCACCAUCAAGGUUAAGGCUCACAGAACCAUGGAUUUUUUUUCUACAAGCCUCCGGACAAUUAUUUAUAGCUCGAGCAUUGUUAUCAGCAGGUCAGGUCUCGACACUCGAUACAGACUCUUUGAAUGGAUAUCAUUAGGUUCUCUCUCAUGCUGCUGCAGUAGUUAAUUCAAAGGUUAAAUAUAUUAUAUAAUAUGUUGGAUAAAGAGUUCUAUGGUGAUAAUUUAAUACGAACUAUGAAAUGGUUUCACAAAAUCCUUAAAGUUUAUAAGAUUACAUACAUACAAAUCUAAGCUAACUUAAUUCUCACCUUUAGCAGUCUUCUUCUCAGACGGGUGUAGUUCACCCAGGUCUAUGCAUGCCAACGUGCGCCACAAUAGUAUUCUUCUUCUAAAUGAGGAAGAAUUCUUGUCUAUCACCCCCUACAGGCAAGACGUGGGGGGAAAAAGGCUGGGAAAUUGGGCUACAAAAAAGCUGCAGUGAAGUGAAAUAUGGCAUCAUCAAGUUUACUAUACAACGAGUUUCAGUUUACGUCCUUGCUACCCUCCUUUCAAUAUUACAUCUUUAAUAAGAAAUACAGUUUUAAUCAAUCAGUGAGACCCUUGUGGACUGAGUCGUCCCAGAAUUAAUCUUUAGAUGUGACACAUUGGAGAAAAAAAAGAAAUGGAAGACCUUAAUAUGCACAUUAUCAAGAAGAACUGUACAUUUGCAGAGUUGCAGCGUUUGUGGUUGGUCUUGCCUGUAGAUGGCGCUGGUUGGACAUGAACUGCAGGCGUUAAAACCGCUACAGCGCUGUAAAUGGAUAAGAUCGGUUGAAGCAGUUUUAUUUCAGGUCCUUUGCGUCAGUGACACAGAGUUCCCUUUCGUUCGCAUCAUCUGAGCCUGGUCGAGUUUUAACAGUCAGUUCAUAAAUGCCUCAAGUGCAUUUAAAAAAAGACGAAACACGAGCCGGUAGGGAGAAGUAGCUUAAAGUUGGUUUCAUGCUAAUUAACACCUAUCGUAGGAAUUAUGUGCGUCGUAUAAUUUGUGCCAAAUGUUGAUUUUGCUUUUUCAUACUUUGUGUGUAUGUGUGCCUGCGUACUUGAGGGAUUUUUUUUUUUUUUUUUUAUUGUUUUGUUUUGUUCUUCUCUUGUCUUAAUUCUUUGGCUGAAGAUUUAAGUUUUAAUGCUAUUUUUUAUAGCUUUUUCUUUUUUUUUUUAAACUUCAUCCAAUCAUUUUUAGUAAUCUAUUCAACAUUGUGGCUACAUUGUUAGGUUAUUGAAUGUCCCAUCUGUCUGUUUUUUCUUCUUUUUUUUUUCACCUCGGUCUUCAUUAUAUAACAAACAUUUCACCGGGUUGGUUACAUUUGAGAAGCAGAUUUUCCCAGAUUCUUCAGUACAUCAUGACAACAGUGACUGAAUGUUCCAAGCUGUAAAUGUUGACCACACUAUACCCUCCACUUUUUGACUAAACCUGUCAGAGUUUUAUUUUUGAAGGGGGAUUUACUAUACAGGAGGCCAUUUUUUUUGUUUGUUGAUUUACUCUCUGAAUAUCAUAUAAAUAUAUUUUUGUUGUUAUUGGACCAACUUAUUGGUUAAGCCAAAAAUUCAAGUCAUUCUCAAAUUGGAAAGAUUCUGCACCAGCCCCAUGUGCACUCGUACAACUUCCAAGACUGUAAAUGUACACAGAUCACCUGUACAUACAGCAAAUGUAUAUAUGUACUGCUCGAGGAGACGGCCACUUCUUGAUCUAAUCGGUUGUAUGGUGCGAUUAUUAUUCAAUAUUUCUCAAGACUUACCUGCUAGCCACUUCUGUUUUUAGUACGAUGUGGUUUGUGGCCUGAACCCCCCUCUCUGUGUGCCUAAAAUUAGCCAAGAAAUGAGUAUGGCAACAUAAGUAAAUGGUGGUUAUUAUGUAAAUAUGGGAAACUAAUGACAAACUAUUUAUUAAAGGUUUAUUGUACAAUGAGAA